AACGUGGAACGAUACAAACAAAAACGGAAACAGCAGACCCGCAUCUUUUUGUAAGAAAAAAAAAACGCCACCUGAAAGAAGCCGGAUUGCGAGAAAGUUCUAUAAGAAGCUCAACAAAUCCCGCAACGACUCAGUGCUGCGAACCGAAAUGUGAAGGGAUUAGGACGGUAGUCUUUCAACGGACAGAGGUGAGAUAAGCGCCUGAACGGCGUAGUAACAUGAGGAUUCAAGAAUACCGAGGAGACGACUAAGUCAGUGCAGCAAAAGACGAAAUGAGGGAUGCCAUGCACCAGCUCGAAACCAACAAAGCAGCAGGUAAGGAUGACAUCGCAGCUGAACACCUCAAGAUAGGCCCAGAAAAGUUGACCACCUGUUUGCACCGGUAAUAGUCAAGAUGUGGGAAACCGAACAGAGCUAUGGAAAAUCAUGGACGAGAUCAGCUUUCCUUGGAAGCUGACUAGAAUGAUCAAAGCAACGGUGAACAGUAUGCAAAGCUGCGUAAGGGUUUCGCGUGAACUAUCCACUUCUUUCGGAUCUCGCCGCGGACUGCGACAAGGUGACGGAUUUUCUCAUAUGCCUACUAUUUAACAUGGCCCUGGAAAGUGUAAUGUGACGAGCCGGGGAACGAUUUUCACGAAUUCUAAUCAAUUUGUGUGCUUUGCGGAUGAUAUGGACAUUAUCGCGAAAAACUUUGGAACGGUGGCAGAGGUGAGGUGUACACCCGCCAGAAACGCAGCAAAGGUCGAAAUUGUGGUGAAUGCGUCGAAAACAAAGUACAUGCUAGUAAGCGAAACCGGUCACGAUAGGAUUCGUCUAAGAAAUGAAGUCACGAUAGACGGAGAUACCUUCGAGGUAGUGAAGUAAUUUGUCUACCUCGGAUUUUUACUAACGACUGACAACAAUGCGAGUCGUGAAAUACGAAGACGCAUCAUCAGUGGAAGUCGUACCUGCUACGAGCUCCAAACGGAACUGCGGUAAACAAACCUACGUUCCAAAUGUACCAUGUAGAAAACGCUUAUAAGAGCGAGCGGCGACCAUCUACAUUGAUCAUGCUCGAGGGGGACCUGCAAGAACUCGGAGUUUUCGAGUGACGCGUGUUAAAGACGGCCCCCAGAAUCUAGAAGGUUGCCAAAGUCGGAAGGAUUCGGUGGGUAGGGCAUGUUUCAAGAAUGCCGAACAAUAAUCCUGGGGUGGAAUCAUGUAAGGUGAUUAUCAUAAAGUGAUUAUCACUUUUGAAAAUUUGGAAUCAUGUAAGGUGAUAAUCACCAAGUUCUGUCACCAGUGCUGAAAGGCUAACAUCACUAUCAAACUUUGGCAUUACGUAAGGUGAUAGUCACCUCGAUUUAAUCACCUUCAUGUCAAAAUGGAGGUGAUAGCAAUUUAGUUAUCACUUUUAGUAGUGAUUUGAUUUUUUAAGAAAUGGCUUUAUAAAUUAUUGUCCGUUAGGUGAAUUUUAAGCCACUGAUAUAAACAUAGCCUACCAAAAUUGGUCGGAGAGGAUAAUUUUUUAAUAAUAUUCGUACUGAUUUUGUGUAAAAAUUAAAUACCAAAAUGAAAAGUAACUUAGUUUGUAUUGUUUAAAGAAUUCAUAGAAUGAACGGUAGUAUUUAUCAAUUAAAUCAAUUCAUUUAUGUUGUAAUUAUCAUUUGAAGAAAUAGCAUUGGGGUAUUCGUAGAGUCAAAGAUAAAUUGCUUUGUGGAAAAGUGAUAAGUUUAUGAAUGUAGACAUCUCCGGUUGCACAUAACGUAACAACAUAAAAAAUCUAUGCUAACAUUUUCAGUAGAAUUAGAUGGCCGUGACUUAGUGAGCGACAUAUCAGUCUCGUUCAACUGAACGAGUAAAAAAGAUUAAACUGCGUUCUUAAUUUUCUUCUUGUGAGUUGAACUAAAAAUAAGGCAAUAUUUUUGGACAAUUAGUUGCUGCUAAUCAUAGUGGAUAUUCGUAGUACCGUUGGGUGAAAUUUCCAAAAUGGAACUAGCAUUUGACAGCUCUGUGAAAUGCCAUAAUCGUAAAGUGAAUGAAAUCUAUACAAGAAAUUAUUUAACGGAUCUUUCUCAUUCGAGAGGAAUGCCAUCCGUUGUGAAACAUCAAGAAGAUCUAACAAUUCGUGUCAUUUCAAAGCUAGCAAAUUUAUCCCACAGAACUGACUGUGACAUUAUGAUUUCCAUUGAAAAAUAAAAAUCGGCACUAAAUUAAACCAACAAGUGAUUUUUUUUUAUUUGUUUGUGCGCAGUUUGCCAUACUCGCGAGGUAAUUUUUUUCAACGUUACUCUUCGAUCCAUACAAAUCAUCAUUGAUGAACAUGACUCGAAUUAAUCAAAAGGAUUGAAAACUAUAGGAAAAAAAUUUAGAUUUUAAAAUAUUAUAUGGCUAUACGCCACUUUCAUAUGUUACUCCUCCUAAUAUCAACGGUAUACGCCACAUUCAUAUUUUACUCCUGAAAAAUUGACAUUUCUUGACAGGUGAUCAAUGGAGUGAAGUUGGCUCAAUCACCGGUGAUGGUGAUAGUAAAAGUGAUCACCUUCGGUGAUUCCAAACAUUCUGGUGAUCACCUCUUUAUCACCAGGAGGUGAUAGUCACUUAUCACCUUACAUGAUUCUACCCCUGCAAAAUUGGUAAUCCAGUUGGUACAAGAAAGCGAAGAACGUGGACUGGCAUGCAUCGGGCGUGAUCGAGGAUAGAGAGCGGCAGUCACAAACCGAGUAUUGUGGCGUACUAUAAAACUUAAUAAACAUAUGUAAAGUAAACAUUAGGAACAGUCCUUCGUUGAUACGGGUUUUUUAAAAAUUCAUCGGGAAUUUAUACGAAUAUACUUACUGUCCAUAAUCUCUAAAAUAUAUAGAUCACCUACAAUGACUGGACACUAAAGUAUAUUGUUUCAGCAGUAAAACCCAGAAAAGAUAAAUAAACAGCAGCCGAUUGCAGCGAAAGAACAACUGCCUGAUAAGAGGUGCAGUCUAGUUUAAACACUACACGAGGGCCUUUAGAAUGGCCAACUUGACGGAAGGUGAUCAAAGUUUAUGCAACACUAGUUAUACUUCUGGCGGUACCGGUACCACCACGGCAGCAGGAGCCGCUACCACCCCGGGAACUGCCACAACGGGUGUCACACCGACGGGCGGUGUCACGUCUGUCCUAACGGCAGGCAGUGGGAGCGUAUGGGCGGAGUUCUGCGAGCGGCAUGCUCGCGCCGCGUCGGCCGACUUUGCGCGGUCUUGCGUGAACUACGUUACCAACAAUUUGCCCGAAUCGGCUCGGCAAACCGUCUCACAUCGGGACUUUAUGCGGCGAUUCAUCGAGUGCUUCCAGGAGCACUUUGAGCAUGACUUUUACCGAAGGCGCAUGCAGAGUAAGACUGGAAAUGGCACAGCCACGGUGCCGGAGGAAAGCGAUUACUCGGAGGAUACAGACUCGCCGAGAACCAACCACAAACCGUUCUUUCGGCGAUUAUCGUUCAAAGGUCUGCGCAAGGGAAAGGUAAUUCAUGCACUAUUCCACAAACAACACUCCGAUGAGGUGGAGCUGUCGGGCAGUCGGGUGAACAAAACCAAACUUUCCAAAAUAGUGGUCGAAUGCCGAAAGGAAGGCACGGUCAAUUAUCUGACGCCGGAGAGCCUGGAACAGCCAAGUAAUUCGCACAAGUGGGAAAAAUGCAAAUUGGUGCUGGUGAAAACUGUCAGUGGUUACAUGCUCGAGUUUUAUUCCCCGCCAAAAUCGCAGAAGCCCCGCAGCGGCGUAUUUUGCUUCCUAAUCACGGAAGCACGCGAAACUACUGCCCUCGAGAUGCCGGACCACGAAAACACGUUCGUGCUGAAGGCGGACAACAAUAUGGAGUACGUGAUCGAGGCAAGGGACACUGACGAUAUGCGAAGCUGGUUGGCGACGAUACGCUACUGUAUGCGUAGUACUCCAACGUCGCAGCUGCCGCCGAACUCGGACAUGAACCCGAUUACUAUGAAUACGUCGAUAUCUCAUAGCGGUGGUGCACCAAGAUGCGCUGAUGGAGGUGGUGUAACUGCCGGGGGCGGUGGUGGCCUGUCGAACAGUUUAGUGCAUGAUGUGAACAAUCUUAGUUUAAACCAGUCCGCGAUGAACGCAGUGCCAACGAUGAUGGCCCCGGAGCUACCGCCCCGGCGCCCGGAUGAUAGAAUAUCGUCUUCGUCGAACUUCGAACUGACCGAAGGCGACCUGGACCAGGCGCACGAGACCGACACCGAUUUGACGGCAAUGAUGCGCGAGUAUCCCUGGUUCCACGGCACGUUGGCACGGUCGGAAGCCGCACAGCUGGUGCUGCACAACGGUACCUCUAGUCACGGUGUGUUCCUAGUACGGCAAAGUGAAACCCGCAAGGGUGAGUUUGUGCUGACCUUCAAUUUCCAAGGCAAAGCUAAACAUCUGCGAAUGACUCUGAACGAUUUGGGUCAGUGUCGGGUACAGCACCUGUGGUUCCCGUCGAUUACCGAAAUGCUAGAACACUUCAGACAGCAUCCGAUUCCGCUCGAGUCCGGUGGAACGGCCGAUGUAACUCUGACCAAUUUUGUAGUGCUUCCGUCGCAUGUAAUGGCCACCACACAAGCGAACAGUAACAACUACUCCACCACAACCAUCGGUGCCGGAGGUGGUGCCGCUGGAAUAGGCAGCACAGGAGGACCUGGUGCCGGUGUCAGCUCCAAUCCCAACACCAGCCCGCGACAUCCCUUGCAAGUGAUCACUAUGAAUGGAAGCGUACGGAUCAAAACAUGCGAUCUGGAACUUUCGCAGCAAACGGUCCUAGCGCACGAGAUGUCCACCGGGCAACCCGGGCCAAAUGCUGCUGGCGGUCAAGGGACGAUGUCCAGUGCAGGGCAGCAGGUACAACCGUCCUCGGUGAACGCAGAAGAUGGCCAACGGGCCGUAGAUAACCAGUACAGUUACGUUUGAAGCUGGACUGCCGGGCGUGACGGCUAGGAUAGACGUUAAACAUUAGACAAUUGAAGAUUUCGCGAUCUUUCAGGAUAAAAUGAAUUGUUUUUUGUUAGUACCGUAAGACUGCGAUCACAAGACAUUUAAUUCCAACGUCAACACACAAAGUUCAGGAAGAAAAUAAAUGUAAAAAACCAGGACAGACAUGUGUUCACAACUUGAAAGGAGUCAUCUAUCCGUAUGUGUAAAUACUAGCGCUCACACAACAAUUUAUUACUCAUAUUUCCAGGUUGGAAUCAUCCCAACUUGACAUAACUAAGAACAGUUAAAAACUGCUUAACGUAAUAACAUUUUCGAUUACUACUUAUCGGAAGUAAUAACAAAAACUUUUCAUGGCGCGUUUCGAUAUACACACAUAUAUAUAUAUUUCUAGAUACUUGUUACCAGAUUAUUUAGCAUCAUAUUAUAACCUGUGUUGAAGCAACAAUAUUGCUUUUCACUGUUUAGACAAAAUAUUGUUCAACAAUAGAGCAACAAAUCUUAUCCAUGCUUGUCAGAGAUCACUAUCACUAUUCGCUGUUGAUUCCUCGUUACCCAAAAAAAAUAUCGGACUACUAGAUCCCGUCAUUCGGCACAAUCGAAACUUCAAACUAUCAAUGUCAAAAUCAAAUAAUCGUAUCGUUUACAUAAGUCUUUGAAUAAAGAGAGGGGACGACAACGAUUAAGUUUCUCGAACAUGUACCACAAUAGUGUCAGCAAUGUUUUUUUUUGGAUUGUAAUUCCUUUUUAUAUCAUUUGCUGUAUACGAACAAUUUAAAAAAAAACGCUAUUGUUUCAAAUCAGUCAAAAAAUUCAAAGUAAUCAAAAAUAAUCAAAACAUUUGUUUCAUAAAAAUUCAUGUCAAUCUAUACAGUUAAAAACAUAAUUACAAUCAAAAGAAUAGGAUAAAAUACUUUCUGCGAAAAUGAGAUGAAAGCUAUAUCGGGAUUGUUUAUUUUUUUGAUAAUUUAAAGCUGUCAUGCCCCCAGAAAUCAACAAGAGAGAACCAAAAAAAGGAAUUGGAAAAGUUUGAGAUAGGUACAUAAAUGCAAACCAUAUAUGCGAGAAAUUUACAACGAAACGAGUGCACACAAGUGCAAGAACUUCAACGCUAUUUUAGCCUGUAACAUCUCGAACACUUCGAAAAGUGAAAACCGAUAGAAGAAAUAAAGUAAACGAAUUGAUGUUGCUUUCUUUA